UCCCUCCUGCCUCUGGGGUGAGCCAGGCCCGUCAGGAAGUGCACCCUGGGCUCUCCCCCCAGCUCCACCCGCCUCCGUCCUGGCAGCUGGCACCUCCUACCCGGCACUGAAUCGGGUGGACGGGCGUGCAGGUGCCCCCCAGGAGGACCCGAGCCAUGUCCGACUACGAGAACGAGGACGCGUGCUGGAGCGCCCUGGAGGGCUUCCGGGUGAAGCUCAUCUCCAUCAUCGACCCCGCCCGCAUCACGCCCUACCUGCGCCAGUGCAAGGUAAUGAACCCCGACGACGAGGAGCAGGUGCUCAGCGACCCCAACCUGGUCACCCGCAAGCGGAAAGUGGGAGUGCUCCUGGACAUCCUGCAGCGGACGGGCCACAAGGGCUAUGUGGCCUUCCUCGAGAGCCUGGAGCUCUACUACCCGCAGCUCUACAGGAAGGUCACGGGCAAGGAGCCCACCCGUGUCUUCUCCAUGAUCAUCGACGCUUCAGGAGAAUCGGGCCUGACGCAGCUGCUGAUGAGUGAGGUGAUGAAGCUGCAGAAGAAGGUGCAGGAGCUGACGGCACUGCUGGGCUCCAGAGACGACCUCGCCGAGGAGCUGCGCGUGAAGGACAGCCUGCUGCGCAAGCUCCAGGAGCGCGUGCAGCGGCUCAAGGAGGCCUGCGAGGCGGGCAGCCGUGAGCUCCAGCGCUGCAAGGACGAGAACUACGACCUGGCCCUGCGCCUGGCCCGCCAGAGCGAGGAGCGCGACGCGGCCCUCACGGGGCACCGCGGGCUGCUGCUGGAGAUCGACCAGCUGAAGCACAGCCUCAUGAAGGCAGAGGACGACUGCAGGGUGGAGCGCAAGCACACGCUGAAGCUCAGGCACGCCAUGGAGCUGCGGCCCAGCCAGGAGCUGCUCUGGGAGCUGCAGCAGGAGAAGGCGCUGCUGCAGGCGCGCGUGCAGGGCCUGGAGGCCUCGGUGCAGGAGGGGAAGCCGGACCAGGGCCACCCCUACGUCCAGGUGCCGGAGGGGGACUGGCAGAGGGCGCAGCGGGACCUCCAGCAACAGGCCGCCACCAUCUUCUCCCUGCGCAAGGACCUGCGCCAGGCCGAGGCCCUGCGCACCCGGAGCGCAGAGGAGAAGGAGAUGUUCGAGCUGCAGUGCCUGGCCCUGCGGAGGGACUCCAAGAUGUACAAGGACCGCAUCGAGGCCAUCCUGCGGCAGAUGGAGGAGGUCGCCAUUGAAAGGGACCAGGUGGGGACGCGCUGGCCUGCCUGGACGCACCAGCCUCUCUGGGGAGGCAGUCGUCAAGGCCACCCUGAUGCGGGAGGAGCUGCAUGCACAGCACGCGCGCAGUCUGCAGGACAAGGACACGCUGCGGAAGCAGGUCCGCGAGCUGAGCGAGAAGGUGGACGAGCUCCAGCUGCAGCUGUUCCAGCGCGAGGGCCAGCUGCUGGCCAUGGAGGGCAAGCUCCGGCGGCGGCAGCUGGACGUGCUCAUCCUGAGCUCCGACCUGGAAGACAGCUCACCCAGGAAUUCCCAGGAGGGCAGCGGUCUGAUCGCCCCAUGUCUCUUGGGAAGUUCUCGCCCCCCCAGGACCUGGAGGAGGAUACCCAGCUCUCAGACAAAGGCAGCCUGGUCAUCGGGGAGAGCCCGGAGCAGCCGUCUGUGGCCCAGCAGGAGGAGCAGCUAUCACUGACCCCGGAGGACGCAGGACUGAACGGCCGGGAGCCCCCAGAGAAGGAGAAGGGCCGGCGGCGCCUCAAGGAGAGCUUCGAGAACUACCGCAGGAAGCGGGCCCUCCGGAAGAUGCAGCACGGCGCGCGGCAGGGGGAGGCGGAUGGAGAGAACACCACGGGCAGCGACAACACAGACACCGAGGGCGCCUAGCCAGCCCACCCGUCCGGCCCUCCCCGUCGCGGGAGGGGGGCGCGGCCCGCCGGGGCCGCCUCUUCGUCGGCGAGCACGGGCGGGUUCUGUCUCUGUGUGACGCGCACGCGUGCCGCGACCUUAAAGCGCAACCUUAUCAAUAAACUACCGCGGUCGCGGUCCAGACA